AUGAAAUAAUAAUCAAAUAGAAAUUUGCUAGAGUUGAGAUAGCAUGUUAAAUAAUCAUUAUUCAAAUCAUUGAAGACUGAAAGAUGUCAAUACACGACUGAAACUAAGAGAUCCAAAUCUAUAACAUAAUGGAAAUAAUUUACAUUAAAUAAAUAAAAUCAACAAUCCAAAAUCACCAAAUUUCAUGAUGUGUAUAAAGUAACAAAAAAAAUUGGAACUGGUGCUCAUGGAGUUGUUAAGAUCUGUUAUAAAAUUAAAGAUUAAUUAAAAAUUAACUAUGCUGUUAAAAAAUUGUCAUGUCAAAACGAUCCUGAAUUAAUUCGAACUAUCAUUUAAACCUUUAAUAUCAAUAGAACAUUGAAUGAUAAUCCCAAAAUAAUAAAAUCGUAUGAUUUAUACAUAGAUGAAAAUGAAUAAGUGGCUUAUUGGGUGAUGGAAUAUUGUAAUUACAAAAGUCUCCAAUCUUACAUGCAGAAAUCAAUCCCUGAUAUUGCAAUUUAGUAGAUAAUGAAACAUUUAGCUCAAACCAUAACUGAAAUCCAUAAGAAAGGUAUUUGCCAUAGAGAUUUAAAGCCAGAUAACAUAUUAAUAAAACUACAUGGUUAAAUUGAUAUUAAGAUCAUUGAUUUUGGUGUGUCUAAGAAAUUCAUGAUCAAAAAGAAAAAUGAUAAAAUAUAUCAUGAAAUGUGGACUAGAACAGGUUCUUUACUCUAUUAAGCCCCAGAAACCUUCUUAGGUGGAGGAUAUGAUGAAAAAGGUAUCUCUAUUUUUUAAUUACAUUUUAGUUGAUGUAUGGAGUGUUGGAGUUAUCUUAUAUCAACUUCUCUGUGGUAAAUUUCCAUUUUACUGUGAUUCUAAGUUAGAUACAAUAGAAUUGAUUACUGACCUCAAUUAAACUAUUGAUUAAAAUAAGGAGUUUAAACUAUUAUAGCCACUUCAAAUUGAUUUAUUAAGAAGACUUUUAAAUAAAAAUCCAGAAAAACGAUUAACUGCAGAAGAAUUUUCAUUGCAUCCUUGGAUUAAUGAAGUAGGAACAUAAAAAUCUACUUCUAGAGAUGACUUAUAAAUUAACAAGAACAGUGAAAUCACUACAUCUGUCAAUCUUGAUUCUACAUCAAUAAGAAUUGAUUUCUCUAAUCAUAUACAUUAUGCCCAAAAGCAAUUUUAAGAUUUGGUUAUACAAAUCAAAGAUCAUGUUAUUGAAAAUUCUUAAAGUAGAAAAAGUAGCUAUUAAAUACCUUCAGCUCAUACAUCUUAUGAUGUUUCACCUAUUAAUUAAAUAGAUGAAACUAAAUUUAAAAAAUGA